AGAGAAAAAGCAAGAAAAAAAAAGAGGCUUAUACCGCUUAAUACCAACGACCAACUACCCGGCACUAGUCGUAUUCUAUAAUUAUUCACCGCUCGAUGCACUAACAAGAAUCAACCCUGCAGAGCAAGACGGACUUCUUUCGACUAUAUUGUACACAACCUGCAGAGCUCCUGACUCUCAUUUCUCUUCUCCCAAGACAUUUUCAUACACACUUUUACCCUCCACACCACACACACAAGACCAGCAAUGGUCUCAACAUUUCAGAUGCAGGCCUUCUACCGGCCGAAUCACCUAUCGGUCGACACCAACCAUGCACAGAAGUACUUUGAGGAAGAGGACCAGAUCCUCGACGACAACAUACUUGACAGCAGUGGGAUGGACUCGGGGUUAGAGUUGUCGCCGCCCAUGGCCGGGAGCCGAAGAGAUUCGUUCGCCGUGCCGGGAUCGAUAUUCUCGCCCAAGACGGAAGUGGGGGAUUGGCAAUCCGUCGACAUGCAGUCGGUGCCUUCUAAUAACCCCUUCCUAGAGCCCCAGAACAACAACCCGUUCACGAGAGCUGACCCGCAGGCCGCAUACGGCUCGCAAAACCAGCAAUGGAUGGGACAGACCUCUGGAACCUGCACACCGCUACAGUAUGACGGCCUCGAGACUGCGUUCGACAACAACCAGUCUAUCUUCCAACGACCUCUUCAGAUGCAAACCCCCUUCAGCAACCCCGGACACCAAGUACCUCUCUUCUCCACCGUCGGCCCCAACAACUCGUCCAUCCAAGCCUCAUCAGACAAGGACUGGAUGGGUCAGGACUUAAAAAACCAGUCUCUCGCCAAGCGCAUGCGGCCGGAUACGCCGACGAUCAGAUCGCAUAACGAGCUUCGGCGCGGCGACGGCAUCCGUAAGAAGAACGCGCGAUUCGACAUACCGGCGGAGCGCAACCUCGGCAACAUAGAUCAGCUCAUCGCGUCGACGACGGACGAGCAGGAGAUCAAGGAGCUGAAGCAGCAGAAGCGGUUGCUGCGCAACCGACAAGCGGCGCUCGACUCCCGGCAGAGGAAAAAGAUGCACACGGAGAGGCUGGAGGACGAGAAGAAGCACUUCACGACCGUCAUCAGCUCGAUGGAAGAGGAGAUGAACGAGCUUCACAUGAAGCUGGAGCAAGAAAGACGCGAGAGGGAGUACCUGGUGGCGCACGUCGAGAACUUGACCUUGGAGAAGGAAGAGUCGAUCCGGAAUCACACGAUCGAGACCGGCGACCUGCGCAAGAAGAUCAGCGUCCUCACCGACCACGUCCAGAGGCUCGAGCACGCCGCCAUGCCCAGCAACACUGGCUACGGCAACGGCUUCAACGACAUGGACAGCCUGACCAUGGACACAUCCUGGGACGGCAUGGGAUUCAUGAACGAGUUCCCCAUGGAGACCGACGUCAAGCAGGAGCUGCAGAUCGUAUCCCAGAAGAAGCCCGAGGUGUCGCUACCUUCCGACGUCGAGAAGUCCAGCACCCAAGGCGGCCUGUUGUUCAUGCUCUUCCUCGUCGGCGCCUUCGUCCUCUCCAACAGGUCGACGCCAACCAUCCCGCGCGUUUCCGAAGACGUGCGCGAGGCCUCAGCCACCCUUCUCAACAACAUCUUCAAGGAUGCCGGCCUCCCCAACGGCGCCGAGAACGCCAUCGUACCCGCAGGCCCUCAACCCUCUGGCGCCGCUGACUGGACGUCUAGCGCGUCAGUGCCGAUGGCCAGCGGAAACAUGGAGGGCGUUGCGCCUUCGAUGCUCGGCGACCUAGCAGACUCGCUGACGCAGCCGACGCAAGAGCAGACGAACGAGCAGAUCUUCUCGCUGACGCCGGCGCAAUACAACGGCGUGACGUCGCAAGACUUCCUACGCUCGCCGCCCCCGCAGCGGUCGACGAGCCAAGGACGUCGCAACCUUGCCGAGGCGCUAAGCAACAUGCGCAGCGGCGGCACAGAGAAGCAACAAGGCGCGGCAGAGGUGUACACACGGUCCUUGCUCUGGGACCAGAUACCCGGCGACGUCGUCCGCAACUUCGCCAAGAUGGUGGCCGAGUGCAAUAGCGCCGGUCAAACAGCAGGCGGCGGCGGCGAUGCCAACUCAUGACGAAUUUUACGAAGACCCACGACGAAAAAAGAACGAGACGCGACAUCACAACAACAAGAAAAUUUCAUGCAGUUGGUGACGAAAUCACUUUCCACAACUGGCACACGUUUAUGAAUCACACGAGAGACCGAACAACAACAAGAACGACAGCGACAGCAACACACAACUUCAUUCCUAUAUUCAUUUUUUUGGUUCCCCCC